GUGUUCUGGCAGCGUUCCUCUUUUAUUCUCAUACUCGGCUGCGCGCGCCGCUCAUGCGCAGUGGGUUACCCCCACUCCUUCCUUUUCCCCUCCUUCCGUGGGGACGCUGCGCUUUGGCGGCAAUCCCACCAACGGUCACUUCGCCAUCUUGCUGUCUCCUGGUUUGAGCCGCUCUGUCGCCCUCCGGUCAUUUUUCAAGUUUCUUUGAUUUCCAAUCUUUUAUUUCACCAUGACCACACGUUGCCUCGUUCAACAUUUCUGGGGAUAUAAUCUCGUGGACAUGACUAGAAGAAAAUUGAGUAUUUUAGCCGUAUUUUCUGAUUUUUCAAAUUGUGCGGCCGGCGUCCCUGCUGAGCGUUCCCUGGGCGUUUUUCUCUCGGCCCUAAAUCCCCGUGUUCUUUCAGAUCUGCCUUGAAUGUAUCCAGGCCACCAUGUUAAAUCCUCAUUGGGUUGUUGCAUCGCCCUCCCUGAUUCAAUUUGUUGGCACUUUCCAAAAUUUUUUGUUGGAUGAUAACCGCUUCUAUUUCUGCGGCUGCUGCUUGGAGAAGUGUUACAUUGUUCUGGAACAGUAUAGCCCUGGCGGCUUGCCCGCGCUGGCUGAGAUCCCUCAACUUCCACCACCCGGUGUCAUUUACCCUGAACCGGUGGGUCCUGCACCCUUAGCUUUUUUGAAUCAACUGGAUCUAGCUGAGAUUGCCCAAGAUGUGGAGGAUGGGGCGAUAGAUCUCAUCGACCUCGUCAGCGAGGACGAACAAGACUGAACUCAUCCGCUUCGCAGAUCCAGGUCCUGACCAUGGGGACGGCCAAACCACUCGCGAGGAGUUAGGUUAGUUUCUUUUCUUUUGCCUGUUUUUCUCUGGUUUUGGUUUUCCACUUCUGUUCUUUCGUUAAGACUUUCUUUUCUUUUCCAGAUGUGAUACUUCCUUUUAGGUUAUUGAUUCUUUGUUUUAAGUUGAUGGAUUGUGUUUUUAACUUGUGGACUUAUGGAUUGUGUUCCGCUUUAUUUUAAUUUGUAAUUUCGUCCUUCAAUUUGGCUGUGCUCUUAUCCUGCCAUUGACUUUUAGUUUAAUUAUGCCCCUUUUCUUGGAUCUGCGGGCUCAUAUGCCUUUAUAGGACUUUGUAAUUUUGUCCUUCAACUGGGUUGUGCUAUCCUGCCAUUGACUUUUAGUUUAAUUAUGCCCCUUUCUUGGAUCUGCGGGCUCAUGUGCCUUUAUAGGACUUUGUGACUUUGUCCUUUGAUUUAUUUAUUUUCAUAAUAAAUUCUUGUAUCUGACCUUUGGUGUUUGGAUUGAAACUCCCUUAUAUUUUCAUUGGUUUUAUUACAAACUUGAGCAUGAACACUUUUUUAUUACAGCAUUUUGCUUGGCACAACAACACAAUUUAUCACAAGUAGCGGAAUGAUUUGAUUGCACUUAGGAA